UUAGUGUGUGGAAAGUAAAACGUCCUUCUGAAACUAAAAUAAUGUUUGCUGGAGUCCUAAUGUUACCUUGGAUGUUAUCUGCUAUUUUAAUUUCAAGGAAAGAUUGCGUGACUGCAACUCUUGGUACACCUGAGCAAAGAUUACGUCACAACCUAUCACAGGACUACCAUCCUACUGUGCGGCCUGUGCUCACACCCAAUGACAUCAUUAAUAUCACUUUUUCGUUCCGCUUUAGCAGGAUCGUUUCACUGGACAUAAAAAAUCAGGUUCUUACUACAGACGCUUGGAUUGUUCAGUCGUGGAAAAAUCCUUACUUAAAGUGGGAUGAAUCUGCUUACGAAGGGUUACAUACACUGCAAAUGUCACCUCAUGAUGUUUGGGUCCCGGACACAGUUCUUUACAACAAUGCUGAUGAAGAUGUAACGCUGUCAGGGUUCAAAGAAAAGUUCAAGACAUACGUCAUGGUUUACAGCGAUGGAACCAAUAAAUGGAUGUCUCCUGCGACAUUUAAAAGCUCCUGUGACAUGAGAGUAAAAUUUUACCCGUUUGACAAUCAGGAAUGUAAAUUAACGUUUGGUUCAUGGACAUAUGACAGCAGGUUACUGAGAAUGAUCAAUCCAGCUGGAAAAUAUUCACAUUCAGAAAAGUUUAUUGAGAGUGGGGACUGGACUCUGGAGGAUGUGAUAAUAGAAACUGUCGAUGAAGAUUUCGACUGCUGCGACUAUCCGUUCUCUAAUAUCAUCUAUUCGUUCCAUUUUCGGCGCAAAACUUUGUAUCAUAUACUGUACCAGAUCCUGCCUUGUGUGGUGAUAAUUCUCCUUGUAAUACUGAACUUUAUCAUCCCUCCCGAUAGUGGCGAGAGAAUCAGCUUUUGUAUCACCAUAUUGCUCUCUAUGAGUGUCUAUCUCCUGAUUUUGGCCGAUUCUUUGCCGGAAACAUCCGAUGAUGUAGCGAUUCUUGGGUUGUAUUACAUGUCGACUAUAUUUCUUAUCGGGUUCAGCCUCGUGGGUACAGUCGUCGUGCUUCGGUGCCACUUCGCCGAGAGAAAACCUUCGGCGUCUCUAGUCAAGUUUGCAAAGUUUGUGCUCAGGCGAAACGAAAGAAAGAGAACAAGCAACACAGUGUUUGUAAGGUCAAAAUCAUUGUCACAUCCUCAAGAAACAGAAGAGAACGAAGUAAAAAAUGCGGAAAACACACUAGGCGCUGACGAAUCGGCAUUGCAAUACAUUGUCAAUACUAUGAAGGAAAAGAGAGAACAGUGCGAAUGGAAGGACUCUUGGAGAGAGAUAGCAGAAGCGAUGGAUCGACUGCUUCUAGUUAUUUUUCUCAUCCUGGGUAUCUCAACCACGAUAGCAAUUUGGAUUCGAAAGCCUUGAGUUAAGAACUCCGGUCUUGUAAUAUGGAUGGGACACUACCAUAUAAAGGACGAGGGCGAAAAUCGCUAAACGAUCUGAUAGAAAGGCAUCAGAUUGUUAAUUCAGAUAGAAUAAGAGAAUUUCUUUUUCGUAGCUUAGUCCGUCGGGCUAUAAAAAGGUCAUCUGUAUGCAAUAAUUCCCUGUCGCGCGCUUAGAGGGACAGUUCUCAAUCAGUUUGGGCGCGGCGGUGACCGUUUUGUUCAUCUGUUUGUUUGUUUGUUUUUUG